CAUCCAACAAUCGUGGAUUUUUGGGGGCCAUGAAGCCGCAGAAGAAAUGGGAUUGGGGGGCAGUAUAGAUAAGCCAGGGACCAUUCCCUCGUGGAUGGAGUGAACUGCUGCAUAGCUUGCUGCGAACUUCUUUUCUCUACUGCCUUUUUUCUUCCCUUUGAGUCUGAGGAUUUGAUAUUAUUUUCGGAACAAAAGCCAUAGAUACGAACGAGAUGGCACAUAUACAAGACUUCACUGGGCCGGCCAUCAUACACGCAGAUGUGCACUCCAUCGAGCCAGACAACGACGCGGUGCAGGAGAUGGCCGCGCAGAACUUCACACACGACCUGGCGCACAGUAGCGAAGACAAGAAGAUUGCAGACCAGAUGAGCAACUGGUGGGAGGACGCAAUGCGGACGAACAUGAACGUGCAGGACAACUACAACGAGGUGCAUGUCCUGAUGAUCAAGUGGGCACGACACAUCGACCAACUGAAGACUCACAGCGAGGUCGAGCGGUUGAGUGCCGUGUUCAGGGAUGACUUCAAUUACAGUGUCGAGAAGGUCGAGUUGGACAAUCGGUUCAGAAAGCCACAGCACCAGCUCAACUCGGCGAUUGCCAAGUUUGUUGAGAAGCACAAUGAUCCGAGAAACUUGCUCAUCGUCUACUAUACUGGUCACGGAUCCUGGAACAAAGAUCAGAAAUAUCUGGAGCUUUCGGCAACAAACAACGACCUAAAGAACAAAUUCAGCCUGAAGGCAAAGGCUAAUUUUAACACUGCGGAGGCCUUCCUCAAAAGCGACGUCGAUGCUGAUGUUCUGACGAUACUGGAUACAUGCUUCAGCAGUAAUAUGCAAAAGUCUGGUGGGGACAACGAACGUGCUUAUCAACUGUUGUCUGCGAGCGGGUUCGAUCAAACAACUACCGCAGGCGAGGAGUCUUUCACGUCGACGCUGAUACUGACCCUGAAGGAGUUGGUAAAGCAGUAUGAGAACAAGCGGUCGUUUUCCACCCACACGCUCGUUGAGAAGAUCAACAUGAAUCCAGUCCGCCGCGACUCGCCAUGUUUUCUCUGGAACAGACUUUCGGGAGGCGAUCGUUUCAUCCGCUUGCAACCGCUCGACAAGAAAGAGGAUCACAUUGAACUACACCAGGUCGGCUUGAAAGAACCCGUUCGUGGCUAUCUGACUCUUCGAUUUGCGCUCAAAUCCGAGACGCUCAACCGUGACCAGAUCGAGUUCCUCACGCAACAGUUCUCACAGAUCUUCGCUAAGGGUAGCAAGGUGCGCGUUGAUCGUAUCGACUGGCUCGGUAUCAGAAAGACCUCUCGACAUGCGUUUCUUGCUGUGCAGGUAAUCAAGAAAUGGAGGAAGUUGGCGGAGAGGAGCUCGAAGCGCAAGCUGAACGUCGACACUGAAGAUGUGGAUAUGGGAGAAGAUGAAGAGAGUUCGUCGCCGAGGAAGAAAGGGAGGUCGGCGGCGUCGACGUCGCUUGCACAAGCAGGCAUCAAUUCUGAUCCGCUGACGCCCAACUCUCUGGACGCUAACUCAUGAUGUGGUUGGCAUUGUAAUAGUAACGAAUGUCGUGGUGUGGAUCAUCGUGUUUUGAAGGAUCGUUUGCAUGGAACAGGCGUCGGAUACCAAAAGGCGGUUGCAAUCUGCUCUUUCUAUUGCUCUCUUCUUUCUGUCAUUUGUACUAUCGCCAGUCUUUUUGCUUCGCGUUCUCGCAUCUCCACAUACACUUUCGUUGUGAUAUAGAAGAACAACAGGGCGAUACCGAGCCAUAAUGUCAUCGUUAACAGCAUUGAGCCAGCGUCUUCGAAUAAA